AUGACAAAUUAUAAUAAACAAAAUAUUAUCUUUACUUAUCGUCAAUUAUUAAGAGAGGUUAAUAAACAGUUCACACAAUAUAAUAAAAGUCCAUUAUGGAGAAAUGAACUUUUGAAUUCAUUCAAAAUCAUCAACAACAAUAAAAUCGAAGAUGCUAAUGAUAUAUUAUGCUACUUAAAAAGUAAUCGUAGAUAUGAUGAACUUUUAAAAUCAUUCAAUCCUCUUUAUGGUGCAUCUGAAGAACAUAAAACUGAAUUAGCGGCAAAUCGUGUUGGUUUAGGUUUGCCUUUAAUGUAUAAUGAAAAUGAUGCUAUUGACGAUAAUAACAGCAACAACAAGGAUGACGUCAAUAAAGAAAUUGAUGAAAUCGAUACAAAAACUGACAAAGAAAAGUUAUGGAAAAGCCCAUCAUGGAAAUCACAAUUCAACUUUGUAAGAUUCACGAAAACUUUACGUAAAGCUAAAACUGCCUACCCAUACGAGAAGAUGAUUCAGAGUUUCAUAUUUGAUUAUUCAGAAAUUGUUAUUUCACCAGAAGAUUUGAUCUUGAUUUCAAAAAGAUGUAAAAAUAUCAAAUACGUCAGAUUUAAAACUUUAUCAGCAUCUUUUACAGCCGAAACAGUGGCUGCCUUUCUGGAAAAUUGUUCAAGUCUAGUCUCGUUCACAAUUGCAGAUAAACCACUCAAAUCAAGGCUCGCCAAUGCUUUGAAACCUAUUAGGGAUGGUCAUUGUUCGAAACUCUCAUAUUUAGAAUUAAGAAAUUUUAAAUGGAAGAUUGAUAUUCUUAAAGAUAUCGGUAGAGCUUGUCCAUUAAUCAACACAUUGGUCGUAUCUAAUGUUAUAACGAAUGUUAUUGCAGCUGUCAUAGUGGAGUUUUUUGUAAAUUUGGAGAAUUUCACUUGUAAUUCGAUCACUGGUGCGGGAUUUAGAAAUUUGUUUUCAUCAUGGUCAUCAUCUUCUUCCGCUUGUUGUCAAAAAAAUACAAGGAAAAAAUUAAAAAAAAUAUCAUUGGAAUUUCCUUACAUUACUCUAGAUGAUCUUUAUCUUGAUUCCCUUCAAUCUUUUAAAGAAUUUCCACCAUUGGAGUCAUUAACUUUAAGAUUUGGAUCUUAUUUUGGAUUUCGACAUUUUUUAAAUUUAUGGGUACAGAAUGAAAUGUAUUUACGUUAUAUAGAAUUAGAUUCUGCACCAGGAUUUCCUGAUGAUUUAUUUAUAACAAUGACAAAACAUUGUAAUCAAUUAGAAUCGGUAAAAUUGAAAUCAUGCGUGACUCUAACAGACAUUUCAAUAAUGACACUAUCAAAAUUUCAUAAUAAUCUAAAAGAAUUAAAAAUAAUCGAUUGCAAUCUAUUGACAGACAAAUCAAUUUUGACCAUUGCAAACUAUUGUACAAAUUUAAAGAUAUUUGUACUAUUGGGAUGUUUAAAUAUUACCUAUGACUCAUUAUCGAAAAUUGUGAAAAAUUGCAAGAAUUUGUUUGAAUUUAGUUUCACGAAUAGGCCAAAAAUGACACCAAAUAUUAUAAUGGAUUUGAUUAUGAAUAAAAGGCGUAAUUUGGAGUAUUUGGAUAUUAGAUCUGAUAAUUUGGCUACAGCUGAUGAUGAUUCUGCCGACAUUAGACAUCAUCCUUCUUAUAAAUUUGAUUUUUAUUUAUUAGAAAAUCUGGCAAAAGAAUGUUGUAAUAUUAAAAGUUUAAGUUUAAGAUUUAACAUAAUAGGAUUAUCUCCUGAUGUAACUAAAUUAAUUUAUUAA